AUGGCAGACAGCUUUAAUUCAAGUGGAUAAUUUUAUAAUUUUGUUGGAACAGCUGGAACAGCAGACUUUUUACCAGGAUCAGGUUAAGAAUAAUAGUAAUGAUAAUUAUACUAUAUUUAGAUUAAGUUUCGGAAGGAAUUAUUUGGGAUAUAAUGAUCAAUAAGCAGGAAGUUUUUAAAAUAAUUUCCAUCAAUCUUAAUUAAUAGAUUCUGAAGUUAAAAAUAGUCUGGAUUAAUUUUUUGAAAUGAAAAUUGAUGAUGUUAGAUUGGAUAAUUUAUUAAUUCAAGAGGAGUCUUAAAAUCAAUAAAAACUUAAAUAAUCCAUAAAUUCAGAUAGGAAUAGCAGAUCUCAAUAUUCAGGAGAUCAAGAUUUCCGAUUAGGUUGUAAUGGUCCUUAUUAUAUGUAGAAUCAGCGGAAUAAAUUAAUAGUAAAUUUAAACCUGAAGUUAAAAUGCUUAUCCCUUAAAAUUAGGGUAAGAGCAUAUAUAGAGAAAAGAUUGACUCUUUAUUAGAGAAGCGAACAUCUAAUAAUAACUCAGUAUCUCCAUCAAUAACACCAAGAUCAUCUAAAAGUUAAUAGAAGUUAGAAAGAAAGAGAUCUUAAAAUCUUUAGAAUGAAACUUCAAAUGAAAUGACAGAUCCAACUUAAUUAAAAUUAGCAAAAAAUAGAGAAUCUGCAAAGAAUUCAAGAGAAAGAAAAAAAAUAUAUUAAUAAUUACUCGAAAAAUAGGUACAAGAAUUACAAUAGGAGAAUGAAAAAUUAAAAGAUAUUUGUAAAAAUUAAGCCUAAUCUAUGGAAAUAGUGAAUAAAAAAACUCAAAAAGUAUUUAAUUGAUUUAUAUAGUUUUAAUUAUUUUUAGAAUAAUAGUAAUAAAUGUUUGAGAAAUUGGAAUUGUGUAUAAUAAAAAAGGCUAAUUUUGAUGAAAUUGGAAUAAUAAUGGAUGCAUUAAGAUAUAGAAUAUAAUCAAAUUCAUAAGAAAGAAAUGAUACUGCAAGAGUUUACUUCGAUAGCAUAGCUGAAAUAAUGUUACCGAUGUAAGUGAAAUAUUUAUUAUAUGCAUGCUAAAAUUCAAAAGAUAUGUUUGCAAAUACAGAUUAGUAUUUUAUUUUAGGUUAUUCUUUAUUUGUAGAGAUUAUAGUGAAUGGUUGAAAGAAGGUUUUGAAAGCACAAAUGUUUAAUUUGAGAAUUUCACCAAACUUAAAAAAUUUUAGUCAAAGGUUUAAUUAUUAAAAUAAAAUAUUUCUAAGUAAUUAAUUAUAUUAAUUAUUAAGUUCUUUAGAUAAAAUUAAGAAUGAAAUCAAGUCAAUCUAAGAUCAUGCUUCUAAAUUGGAUUAAGUUUGGGAUGCAUUGAAAUCUAUAUUAAAUCCACUCUAGUUAGGCACAUUAAUGUGUUCCCUUUAUCAUGUAAUAAUUUAUAAGUGAUUAUUAGAAUCUCUAUAGAAAUGAAUUAUAAACAAGUACAUUAUUUGCGUAAUUAAAAAAUUCUCAAGCUGAGGAGGAUGACUUUUCUUUUAAGAUAGAGGAAGAAAUAAAUUAUGGAACUAAUAAAAUGGUUAAAAGGUGUUGA